CCAGCUUAAUGCUGCCAGGUUGGAAGUUUGCUGCUCCCUCUAAAGGACUUGUAUUUUGAAAUCAGUCUUGACCAGUUGUACUGUUGUUCACCAUUUUGUUCAGUUGCAGCAGGAAGUAGUAUGUAGAGCACAGGGCUGCAUUUAUAUGCAUCAAAUAUUUUCUUUUACACCUUUUCUGAGAGACUGUUUGCCUGUCAAGAAAGAGGAAUAAGGUGGUAUUUUAAGAGGAACAACUCCUAGUGUAAUUGAAGUCUAAUGACAUACUAUUGUAAAAAUGAAGUCCAUUAAAGAGGAGAGUGAUGGCUUGAGUGAUCCAGAGCCAUCAAUAGUGAAACAUGAAGAUACAGAAAAACAAAGAGACUUGCUGGAAGUGAAAAUGGAAAGCCAAGGACUGAAAGAUGAAGUGGAGAAUCAUGAGAAUGAUAAAUCUGAUUUAAUUUUUGAUGAAAAAUCUUCUAGUUGCCCAGAGAUUCAAAAUAAUUUCUCACAAAAAAGUACUCGAAGAGCAAGAGCAAAAAAACUCUUUACAUGUCAUCAAUGUGGAAUGAGUUUCAUGCACAAAGGACACUUUGAGAGUCACAUGAUAAUUCACACCGGAGAGAAGCCUUUUACAUGCUCUCAAUGUAGAAAGAGUUUCACAUUCAAAAGAAAUCUUAACACUCACUUAAAACUUCACUCUGGAGAGAAGCCUUUUAUAUGCCUUCAAUGUGGAAAGAGUUUCGCACGAAAAGCACACCUUCACAGUCAUAUGAUAAUUCACAAUGGAGUGAAGCCUUUUACAUGUUCUCAAUGUGGAAAGAGUUUUGCAAUAAAAGAAGUUCUUGAGAGGCACCUGAAAAUUCACACUGGAGAGAGGCCUUUCACAUGCCCUCAGUGUGGAAAGAGUUUCACACAAAAAGGACACCUUAAGAGUCACAUAUUCAUUCACACUGGAGAAAAGCAUUUUACAUGCUCUCAAUGUGGAAAGACUUUUGCACUAAAAAGAGAACUUGAGGAGCACACGAGAAUUCACACUGGAGAGAGGCCUUUCCCAUGCCUUCAGUGUGGAAAGAGUUUUGCACGAAAAGCAGUUCUUGAGAGGCACCUGAAAAUUCACACUGGAGAGAGGCCUUUUACAUGCCCUCAGUGUGGAAAGAGUUUCACACAAAAAGGACACCUUAAGAGUCACAAGAUAAUUCACACUGGAGAGAAGCCUUUUACAUGCCCUCAAUGUGGAAAAAGUUUUGCCAUAAAAUGGGAUCUUGAGAGGCACCUGAGAAUUCACUCUGGAGAGAAGCCUUUCCCAUGCCUUCAGUGUGGAAAGAGUUUCAAACAUGCAGGCUAUCUCACAAUUCAUCAGCGCAAUCACAUUAGAUCUUAACUGUGAUCGAGCAGCAAAAAAAAAAUUGCAUCUAAAGGUACACCUAACAACUCAUGCAACUGAGAAGACUUAGUGUGUUCUUUUUGUGGAAAGAGUUUGACUGCCUCAGGAACCCUGAAAGCACACGAGAGAGUGCAUACUGGAUAGUGAGCAAAGUUCAUCUUCAGGGCAGAGUUGUGCCAGUUUAAUGAAUGACACCCGCCAAAAAAGCCUUUUACAAUACAGUUUCGCAGGAGUCAAAAUUCUAAAUGCACCCUAAUCCUUUACAGCAGUCAAUAAUUCCCCACAUUAUACCCACAUAUCAGACUAACCAAAAAUAAUGCUAUGCAACUGCUAAGGCCUAUGGAACCUUAACACAUAUUUUUAAUAAAUAUGUUAUCCUCCUGUUACUUGAGCAUGAAUUUCAUGCAUUUCCUCUUGAGGAUCUCCUCGAAUUUGUUGUAAAGGUUGUUACGCUUCUCUUUUACAUACUGAAAUCAGCCACUGAUGACAAAUGUCAGGAUCUUUCCUUUCUGAGUGAAGAGGUCUUUUAAAUCUUAUUUUUGGUGGCCUUUGGACAACAAUUCCUUUUUAGCUCCCUUCUUUCUCCCCAAUUUGGAAUGCCCAAUUCCCAAUGUGUUCUAAGUCCUUAUGGUGCAUGGAGACUUGCCUCAAUCAGGGUGGUGGAGGAUGAUUCUCAGUUGCCUCCUCGUCUGAGAUGGUCAACCAAUGCAUCUUAUCUUGUGGCUUGUUGAACACGUUACCGCGGAGACAUAGCGUGUGUGGAGGCUUCACGCUGUUUUCCAUGGCAUCCACACACAACUCACCACACGAACCACCAAGAGCGAACCACAUUAUAGUGAUCACAUGGAGGUUACCCCAUGUGACUCUACCCUCCAUUUCAACCGGGCCAAUUUGGUUGCUUAGGAGACCUGGCUGGAGUCACUCAGCAUGCCAUGGAUUUGAACUCGUGACUCCAGGGGUGAUAGUCAGCAUUUUUACUCGCUGAGCUACCAAGGCCCCCCUUAGCUCCCUUUUAAUAUUGCCUCUUCUCCCUAGUAAUGAAAACUAGCAGUUAACAUUAGCCCUUUUAUUUGAAUAUUCCUUUGUCCUUUCCCCUUUCUGUUAAAAUAGACACAAAAAAAUCAGAUAUGAAAAACUAAAAAUCAGGAAAAUCUAAGACAAAGAAGAUUGAUACUUCAUACAUUUUAUGCUAAAUAUAAUAACAAAUAUAUUUUACUUACUCGACUUCUGCUGCUGCUGUGAACUUCACUACAGAAUGAUGAAGAGCUCGAGUUCAAACACUCAAUGCUUUUUUUUCUUGUUUUUAAGGAAAAUGUUAUAAGAAACCGUAUGUCAGUGUAUGAAGACUAGACACAUGGGGUAAAUCUUAUUUUGUGAUUUUAUUAUCUAGACUUAUGUAUGACCAGUCCUGUACUGUACGGUGCUAUUAGCAUCCGUAUAUUUGCCUACGGGGGUAAGGGACAAUUUUAAAGUCCACCCACUGCACUAAAGCAUAUGUGGUUGAAAUGUGGUGACCCCUGCCUUGAACGCUCAGCAUCGCUGAACCAUAUGAGGGAGUUGCGCCAAACAAUUCUUUCACUAAACUCAUGUUAUCUUAUAGCUGUAGGUGGGAUAACGCCGUUUGGGGCAGACCAAUGUACAAUGAGUUGCAAUAGUUUAACGUUGAUGUAAUAUGUGAGUGGGUCACAAUUUCCAAGUCUUUAUGGGAACGAAAUGUUUUUAUUUUAGAAAUAUAUCUCAGGGGGGAAAAGCUACCCUUGACAAAAUAUGAAGCCAGCUCAUCUGCCAAGCCAUUUUACAAAUGUUCUGUAGUUGAAAAGGCAAUGUUUAGCAAAUACAUUAUCUCUAUUCUUAUAUAAUACACAAUAUUUAAAAACACUUUGAAUACAAACAACCAAAUGCAAAAAUGGUAGCAAAAAAUUUUAUUCCCCUGAAACAAAGUCCACUCGUAAACACUGGGAUUGUGGGAGAGUUGCCAUAGUAAGAAGGUGCCGAUAAAGUGCUGUGAUAGAGCUGGCAUGUACUCUAUAGGAAAUGAAUACUCUAUUUGAGGUAGAGAGCUUAAAAGGUAACUCUUGCUGUGUCUCAUCAAGUUUGGAGUCUUUUCUGUGUUUACACAGGAAAAUGACUCAAUUAAAUAUCAGACAAAAUUAAGUAUUACAAUACAUUUUCAGAAAAACAUCAAUGCUAACUGCAAACACUUUGUACUAUAAAGAUUAAUUUAUAUAGUGCAUACUAAAGUUGGUAUACUUUAUGGAAUUUGGGCCAGCAUCUGCAUCCUUAACAGUUCUAUUUAAAUCUUAUUUAACCUAUAUAACUUAUUUUAAAACAUAAUUACAAUAAAAAAAUGUGGCCUUGCAUUGCUCGCACGAGUUUGACCGCUGGAUAAAUGUGUUUAAACUUGCGUUCACGCGAGUAACGUCAACCCAUGAGUAUUCGUUGUCCACACGUUAACAACACGUUUACUACAUGUUGAUAACGCGUUGUCAACAUGUUGAUUUCAUGUGACAUUCUUGUUUUUUACACCAUUCAUCCAUCUUUAGUUUUAUAUCAUUACAUCAACAAUUGUGUGGCUGCAAAGUUACAACAGUGGAACUCACAAAAUGUUGGUUUAGGAUACAGACCAUUGUAAUAAAUAUGUAUUUGGAAAACAUGAAACUUUACUCUUUGAACAUUUUUAUUGAAUGUAUGUUAUGACCA